AUGGAGAAUUACAGGAAGGUGAAAGUGCUGGAGAAGGAGAUGAAAGUUCCUAUUCCAGACCUGCCUUCUGACAUCAUUGAAAUGAAGGUGAAGGAUGGCAGUAAAAUCCGCAAUAUAAUGGGUUUUGCUAUGGGCAAGAUGGAGGCUCAGAAUGUCCGACAGAUUGCGUUCAGUGGCUCCGGGAAAGGUCUAGGAAAGACCAUCUCCUGUGUGGAGAUCAUGAAGAGAUGUCUACAGGAUCUGCACCAGAUUACAAAGAUCUGCUUCAGAGAGACGGAGGAGAUCUGGGAGCCUAUUGUUUCCGAUGUAGGUUUGGACUCCUUAACUGUUAAAAGAAACACCCCAGCCAUCUUUGUUCUGCUCAGUAAGGACCCUUUGAAUCCAUCUGAGCCUGGCUAUCAGGCACCUGGCAGCUAUGAUUCUCUGUGGAUACAGGAACUUAAGGAAGAGUCAGUGGGACAGAAAAGGAGACGGCCGGGGACGGGCAGAGGAGCGUUGCAUGGUAGAAAGCAGCCCAAGGCUCCCGCUGGGCGCGGCGAUACCUACAAGAAGUCUUAA